GAUGCUCCACUGCGUUUCCUGCCCCAGUCAGAGCUCGGCGUCCGGAGCCGGUGCUGCACUCCACAGCCUCGCAGCCCAAACCACAGCCGGGCAGGGAGCGCCCGAGAGCGGCCGUCAGACAUGAAGGGAGCGCUCGGGAUUACUCUCUGGAUCUAUGUGGGAGCGCUCUGGCCACCAGACGCUGCCCGGCCCGCCCAGUAUUUCUGGCAUUUUCUGUUUUUAUAAAGAGCAAUAGUUGCCUGAGUAUAAAGCGCAAGAAAUGGGUGAGUAUAAAAGGUCUGAUAAGAGGUUCCUCCAUGACAGCUCCCACCAUCGUCAACGUCACCGGGACGGAGUACUCCAUCACUGCAGGGGGCGCUCUCUCCAUCACGUGCAGGGGUCAGAGUUCCCUGGGCUGGUCGUGUCCGGGGAAGGUGAGCGUGGAAGAAGACAGCAAGUCGCCGCUGUUCAGGCCGGAGGAGGCGGGAGGGAGGAGCGUGAGUGUCAAGGAUUGCAAGGGUUCCCCUGCACAGCAGUACUGCAAGACCUUGGUGCUAACGAGGGCGAGAGCCAGCGACACCGGGUACUACCGCUGCCAUUACCACUUCGCCGGACCGAUAGUGGACGGGGUGAAUGCGAUCAGCGUGUACAUCUUUGUGAAAGAUCUCCAGAGCCCGUUCCUCAGCACGUCGCCCAACGGCACCCUACAGCCUCAGGUUCUGAUUGUGAACAGCUCGCUGGUCACGGUGCCCUGCUUGGUGACCAUCCCAUCCCUCAACGUCACUCUGCGAGAGGAUCCGACAUCUGUCAUCUAUCCCGAUGGAGUCAAUGUCUUCUGGGACAACAGGAAGGGGAUGAUCAUUCCUAGGCAGAGGCUUGAUAACCUGCUGUACGUGACCUGCGAGACUGUCGUUGGUGCCAGAGUCUUCUCAUCUGCACUUUACAUCAUCCAAGCCUUCGGACGGAAGAUCUACAACAUCAUCCUGACCGUGGAUCGGCCGCACCUGCUCGUCGGGGAACGGCUGGUCCUCAACUGCACUGUGGAGGCAGAGUUCAACGUGGCUGUGCACUUUGACUGGGCAAUGCCGCGGGAUGGGAUUGUCAAAGGUGACCCAUCGGUGGUGAGAAGGAACCACAAACGAACGCUGGAGACCGGCGUGGAGCUGAGCAGCAGCCUGACCCUCUACAACGUGUCCAUGGCGGACCGAGGCAUUUACACCUGCAAGGCGGACAACAGCUUUGUUGUGGAGGAGCGCACCAUAGAGGUGGUGGUGCACGAGAGGCCCUUCAUCGUGCUCGAGUACAGCAGUGGGCCGGUGGUGCAGGCCAGGCUGGGCCAGAGGGGCCUGGUGCUGAGGGCAGGUGUUCGAGCCUACCCUCCAGCAGUCUUCCAGUGGUUGAAGGAUGGGCAGCCGGUGCGGAGCGGGGGGCAGGGGAAGCCGAGCUUGGACAUCGGUGAGGUGACGGAGCAGGUCGCUGGGGUCUACACCCUGCUGGCCCGCAACCCCCGGAACCACUUGCAGGAGGAGCUGCAGAUACGGCUCGUUGUCAAUGUGCCACCUCAGAUCCACGAGAAGGAGGUGGCGUCUCCCACCAACAUCUACCCCAAGGGAAGCCGCCAGACCCUGACCUGCACCGUCUAUGGAGUCCCCACCCCCCCGCGGGUGUUGUGGCAGUGGAGACCCUGGGGACCGUGUGGCCUCAAGUCCCACCGCAGUCUGGGUCGCCGGGACACAGCGCCACGCCACGCCCAGGAUCGAACCCACGACUGCCAGGACUGGAGAAACAUCUCGGCUGGAAGAAUGGUCAACAACAUCGAGAGCAUUGAGACCAGCACCGAAAUGCUGGAGGGAAGGAACAAGACAGUCAGCAAGCUGGUCAUCCUCGCUGCCAACAUCUCCGUCAUGUACAAGUGUUCCGCGUUCAACAAGGUCGGCCACGACGAUCGAGUCAUCUACUUCUAUGUGACCAGUAUCCCGGAGGGCUUUGGCAUCGAGCUGCAGCCGUCGGAGGCUCCAGUGGAGGGGCAGCGGGUGCAGUUGCGAUGCAGUGCAGACAACUACACCUACGAGAACGUGCAGUGGUACCGGCUGCUGCCCAGCGCACUGGAGGGUGAGCUGGGGGACCCGCCCGUGCUGGAGUGCAGGAACAUGCACCGCUACGCACGCAGGCUGCCGGCGCAGGUGACGACCGACCCACGGGUCCGGGGACUGGCGUUGGAGCUGCACAUCAACAGCAUUGCCCACAGCGACGAGGGCGACUACGUGUGUGAGGUGCAGAACCGCAAGACUGGCGAGAAACAUUGUCACCGCAAAUACCUGCUGGUGAGAGCUCAGGAGAGGCCGGGACUUCUGGACAAUCUCACCGACCUCUCCAUCAACGUCAGUGCCUCCAUGGAGAUGAGGUGUCGGGUCACCGGUUCUCCACUCCCCUCCGUCGCUUGGUUCAAGGAUGACAAGAGACUCCACCAGAUCUCAGGGGUGGUCUUCAGCGAGCUGAAUCAGACUCUGACGGUGCAGCGGGUACAGAUAGAGGAUGCGGGGGUGUACCGCUGCAUUGCAUGCAACUCCAAGGGCUGCAUCAACUCCAGCGCCGUCGUCACUGUGGAAGGAGCUGACGACAAAUCGAACAUCGAAGUGGUGAUCCUGGUGGGGACGGGCGUGAUUGCCAUCUUCUUCUGGAUUCUCCUCAUCCUCAUCUUCUGUAACGUCAAGCGAGUGAGAUUCCUGGGGACCAGCCCAGCUGAUAUCAAAACCGGAUACCUGUCCAUAAUCGUGGACCCAGAUGAAAUCCCUUUGGACGAGCAGAGUGAAUACCUACCCUACGAUUCCACCAAGUGGGAGUUUCCUCGGGCCAGGCUGCGACUGGGAAAGAUCCUGGGUCACGGCGCCUUCGGGAAGGUGGUGGAAGCCUCGGCAUUCGGGAUCGACAAGAGCAGCAGCUGCAGGACUGUAGCAGUGAAGAUGUUGAAAAAUGGAGCCACAGCCAACGAACACAAGGCACUGAUGUCUGAACUCAAGAUUCUCAUUCACAUCGGGAACCAUCUCAAUGUCGUUAACCUCCUGGGGGCCUGCACCAAAGCAAAUGGUCCGCUGAUGGUGAUCGUGGAGUAUUGUAGAUACGGAAACCUCUCCAACUACCUGAGGAACAAGCGGGAAGAUUUCAUCCCCUGCAGGGAGCGGGUGCCGAUGGUGAGGAGCCAGAUGAUCUCCAUGGUGGAGGUGGUGAAGGGUCUGGAGAACCGGGGCCAGGUCGGUUCCGGCGAAAGCCCGGUCUGCAUUCGAACGGCCAUGGAGAAGAUGCUGAGUCACACCAGGGACCUGGUGGAAGAUGGAGCUGUUCCCAAACCACUGUUCCUUCCAACAGUGGAUGACCUGUGGCAGUGUCCCCUCACGCUGGUCGACCUCAUCUGUUACAGCUUCCAAGUGGCCCGUGGAAUGGAGUUCCUGGCAUCGAGGAAGUGUAUCCACAGAGACCUGGCGGCCCGCAACAUCCUCCUCUCUGACAACAACGUGGUGAAGAUCUGUGACUUUGGGCUGGCGAGGGACAUCUACAAGGAUCCCGACUACGUGAGGAAGGGCAACGCUCGACUCCCACUCAAGUGGAUGGCUCCGGAGAGCAUCUUUGACAAAGUCUACACCACCCAGAGCGACGUUUGGUCCUUUGGAGUCCUGCUUUGGGAGAUCUUCUCUCUAGGUGUCUCUCCCUAUCCUGGGGUCCAGAUUAAUGAGGAAUUCUGCCAGCGAUUGAGGGAGGGUACCAGGAUGCGAGCUCCCGAGUACGCAACGGAGGAAAUCUACCGUAUUAUGUUGAACAGUUGGCAUGGGGAACCUAAAGACAGACCAAUCUUCUCAGACCUGGUGGAGAUCCUCGGAGACCUGUUGCAAGCUAAUGUCGAGCAGGAUGGGAAGGAUUAUAUCCCCCUGAAUAUGUUACAGGCCAGGGAAGGAGAGCUGGCCUUUUCUCGUUUCCAAACGUCCUUGGCUCGUGGAGAUGGCGAGAUGUCCGAAUGGAGAAUACGAUGUGACAGUAUAGGACCGCGAUACUACAACUGUCUCUCAUUGCCAGGAUGCACGGCCGAGGGACAUCAGAUGAAGUUUGCCACAAGGGUGAAAACGUUCGAAGAUAUCCCAAUGGAGCAGGCUGGGAACUCCAUGCAGAAUGACAACCAGACGGACAGUGGGAUGGUGCUGGCACCAGAGGAGCUUGAGAAGAUGGACGCUUCACAUGAACAUCAACUGGCCUUCAGGAAAGCCUCAAGUCCAGCAUCGGUGCCCAGGGCAUGCCGGCUGACCGAUGGGCAGGCUGACCGGUGCCGGCCUGGUUCGGACUGGUGCCCCGGCGUCCACAGCGGUGACUGUGGACACACCUUGCAGGCGGGCGGGGAGUGCGAGGAGCGGAGGGUCCAGUCCUCAGAAGCCGGCCUCCUGAACAUCAUCUCCCCCUUCUAGGACUCAUCCCCCAUGGAGGGGCAAACGCUGCAGGAUUCUGGCUCAAUGCAAUCCUCGGACGUCACUCCAACGAACCCCUCACUCACGCUCGGACACUGCUCUGGAUCUGCCGCGGUGGCUCCGGAUCGGAACCUCUGGAGAAUUCCAAGCCUGGCGUGGUCCAGAAUCAUCCACCAACCACCCAGAUCCACUCCACUGCCUGGAGUCUGUCAGUUCAAAACCUGUGCUGUCGAAUAUUAGCUAAAUAACCAUCCGGACUGGCCAUUAUCUCAUUGUUCAAAGACUCCUCCUGAAAGAUUCAUUCGAAUCACAUUUCUUUCUGCAUCUACUGUCUCAAAGUCGAGUCGCUUACUCGGAAUCCAUGAGUGUUUAAAAUAUGUUUUAUGAAAUAUUGAACUUUUUUUUGUGAGUGCCCCUUUGUACCAAGUUGGGGAGUGGGAUAAGUCAGUCCCUCUCGUGGAGGGGUCUGUGGUGAGAUUGUCAGUGCUUUACCAAGAGGAAUGUCUGUGUCAGUUCACCUCCUGCUGGGAAAGCUCAUGAGGGUUCCUUCCUGCAGAUCCGAUCCCUUCAGUGAUCUCCCCCUCCCUCCUCCAGACGUGCCCAGCCUCAUUGCUGUAACAGACCUGGUUCAGGAGACCUCCCUCUCCCCCAGAGUUGCUCGAUGGGUAGACUGACUUGGGUGGAAGAUCACUGGUGGGUUUGAGGGGAGGACAACUAACUCUGGCAAGUGUUAAAUCAACCUUUUGAUCACUUUUUGGAUUCAGAGGAAUUCUAAUGAUGUUACUGAUUGAGUUCGAGUUAUUCUGAUGCUUUGAAACUAAUACUGUUGUUAUUAAUUCUGGGCAGGUGCCUUGCCCAGUGGAGGUAUGUGAUACUCUGGACUAAUUAUCCACUGGUCUCUUUCCACAUCACAUUCAAUGUCGUAAAAUGAACCAAGCCAUCUUAUAUUGGGAGGGGUUAUCGAACAAAAACUAACCAUGGAGUCACCAGACAAGGUGCACGAAAAUGGCGGCCAGUGGCGCAGUGGUAGAGUUGCUGCCUCACAGCGCCAGAGACCCGGGUUCGAUCCUGACCUCAGGAACAGUCUGUACAGUUUUUAUGUUCUCAUCAUGACUGCGUGGGCUUUCUCCGGGUGCUCUGGUUUCCUCCCACACUCCAAAGACAUGUAGGUUAGUAGGUUAAUUGGUUUCUGUAACCUUUAAAUUGGCCCUAUGUGUGUAGGAUAGUGCUUGUGUAAGAGCUGAUCGCUGGGCGGCGUAGACUUAGUGGAUUGAAGGAGCUGCAUCUCCACAAAUCACCCUAUUGCCCAAAAUACUAUCCAGUGUCAAUGUCCCAUCCAAAAACCUCAUCCUCCUCAUCUCAACAUCACAUCUACCAAAACUCCAUAACUAACCUCCAGUCCCCAUUGCUCCACUCACCCCACCUCUCCCUCCGUGUGUCUCUGCGGCCCGGACUCAUUGGCCACAGUUGGUGCCUAGUUUCAUGUUCAUAAGUCAUACGAGCAGAAUUAGACAAUUCGGCCCAUCGGGUCUACUCCACCAUUCAAUCAUGGCUAAUCUAUCUGCCUUUUCCUCUCAACCCCAUUCUCCUGCCUUCUCUCCAUAACACCCAACACCCAUUCUAAUCAAGAAUAUAUCAAUCUCCGCCUUAAACAGCCUCCACAGCCUUCUGUGACAAUGAAUUACGCAGAUUCGCCACCCUCUGGCUAAAGAAAUUAAUCUCCUUUCUGAAUUCCCCCCUUCCAACCCCCCACCCCGUUCACUGCUCUGAGCUCCAUAUUAAGGCCCCUGUGAUUUAAUAAGUGAUAUCACAGUGCCUAAUGUUCUCCUUGAUCGUGGAUUUGCUGCUGACUCCUUUAAUUAUAUUUCCUGGUUGUUAUCACAUACCUUCGCCUCAAAACUGGAAAUGCAACCGGGGAGGGGCUUGUUGCCAACGGGUACACUGCAGCUAGUAAAGAUGGAGGUUUGUAAGGAGCUACAGAGGUAACAUUCACAGGCAGAGCUGCUACGUGUGACUCUCCUUCCUCUCUCUCCCUCUUCCGCAUUGUCCUCAUAGAGUCGUACAGCAUAGAAACAGACCCAACUCAGCCACGUUGAUCAACAUGAUCAAUCUAAGCUAAUCUCAUUUACCUGUGUUUGGCCCAUAUUCCACUCUAAACCUUCCCUGUCCAUGGGCCUUACAUCUUGUAUACAAUGUAAUUGUACCCACCUCUACCAUCUUAGGGGCGGCACGGUGGCGCAGCAGUAGAGUUACUGCCUUACAGUGCCAGAGACCCAGAUUCAAUCCUGACUACGGGUGUUGCCUGUAUGGAGUUUGCACGUUGUCCCCGUGACCACGUGGGUUUUCCCCGGGUGCUGCGGUUUUCUCCCAGACUCCAAAGACGGACAAGCUUGUAGGUUAAUUGGCUUUGGUAAAAAUUGUAAAUUGUCUCUAGUGUGUAGGAUAGUGCUCGUGUAAGGGGAUCGCUAGUUGGUGCGGGCCGAAGGGCUUGUUUCUGCACUGUAUCCCUAAAAAUAAAAAUAAAACACCUCCUCUGGCAGAUCGGUCCAUACACCCACCACCUUGUGUCGAAAACCUGCCGUACAUGUUGAAUCUUUCCCCACUCGCCAUAAAUCUAUGCCCUCUAGUUUUGGACUCCUCCAUCCCUGGAAAAAGGUCUGUGACCAUCCACCUUAUACAUGCCCCUCGUAAUUUUAUUUACUUCACAAAUGUUACUUCUCAGCCUCCUGCGUUCCAUGUAUCUGUCCAAAUGUCUCCUAAAUGUUGUUACUGUUCCUGCCUCAACUACUUCCUCUGGCAAGGCGAGUCACUGUGGCGGAUCUGUGUCUGUCGCCUCCGUGUUUCACAUGUUACUUGGUGUGGGGACACGCGUGUUUGAGAAUGAAUCCUGCAAAACCAUUGGCGCUGCCCCUGAUUGUUUACAGUUCCAUAAUAAUAACGGGGAAAAAUCUUUACAGAUCAUUUUAUAUGGCGGGGUGGGAGGGGGAAUGAUAUCUCACUUAUAGAAGGAAUUGCUAAAAGUUACACUAAGAGUUAUCUACAUUUAACGAUUUGCAGCAUGAUAAACGUUUUCCUGUGUGUGUGAUGUAUAUUGUACAUAGCAUAUUGUGGGCAACUGGAUAUGGGAUGUUUCCGAAGCAUGUAUAACACGGAAAUAAAAAACAUCUUUGGAUUGUGAA